AUGAGCUUCUAUAACAGCGGACAAAUGGAUGACGACCUGUUUGGUUCUACCAACCAAGUACCCAACAUCCCAAUGGCCUUUCCAACAGCAGAUGUCAUUCAACCUCCAGCACCACGAGCGCCACAGCCUAACAGACCCCAAUUCACCUACGACAACAUCCUCAAUACGCCACAAGCUUUUGGGGCCUUGGAGCCCGCAUCUUCAAAGAAGUCCACAGCUUCAAAGAAGUUCACAGCUUCAAAGAAGUUCACAGCUUCAAAGAAGUUCACAGCUUCAAAGAAGUUCACAGCUUCAAAGAAGUUCACAGCUUCAAAGGAGCCCGCAGCUCCUAAGAAUACCAGCCCCAGAGACAUAAACCGCACCUACACGGCCACCGCAACGCGAACCCCAAGCCGUCAAGUUGUCCCGCGCAUCACACUUGGCGGCCUCAACAUCGACGACACCAACCUCGGCGUCCCUCCCAGUAUCCCCACCACCGACGCCACGCGUAGAAAGCUCAUCCUCCAGAAACAGCUAGACUUUACCAGAGACAACCCUCCCGUUCUGCCAGCCACGACGAUCCCCGAGGCCAAAGCACGGCCCAACGUGCCGCGACAGCUUGACGCAGCCAAGCGAGCCGAGGGCCUUGCCCAAGUCGGUCGAGCAUGGAACAACAAGUCGGCGCAGCGUAGCCGAAUGAUCAAGAAGGAAGCCCUGCAGAAUGCGGAGCGGCUCUUUGUCGAGACUGCCACGCAGAAUCUCUGGCUGCGCCUACGCCUUGCUACCGAGGGCGUCGACGCCGUGGUCGAGUGGGAGGCGACAGACCAGCGUGUUCGGGAUGCGCUGGACCGCCAGAUUGGCGACUACAUCCGGCCCGUGAAAGAGGAGCGCACGCGGGAGUACAAGGCGCGCGAAAAGGCGAAGCGUAUCAAUCGGAACCGGGAGCGCGCAGCGCAGGACAUCAAGCCUCUGACUGAAGUAGAACUUAAGGAAUGGUCGACGAUGCUGGCGGCCGAGAUGAAGACUAACGCGUUUAGUCUGCGAACUGGUAGAGGUGUGCGCCAGGGCAGAGUUGAGAAGGCGACGGCCAAGCCCAAGCAACGAACGCGAAUCAACGUGGCGAAUCUCGUGCAAGAUGAGGAGCCGCCUAAUAUGGAAGGGUCGAGGGUUUCAGAGGAGCGAGACCUAUUUAGUGAGGAUGGAGGAGAUGAACAGGAAGAAGAGGAGGAGGGCGGUGUGGAGGCCUACGGCGAGGAUAUUCCUAUUGAUCCGGAGCUUUUGACGUCUGCAGAAGGGCCGAUGUCGUAUAGCCAUGAUCAGUUCGCGCGGUAGUCAUUGCAAGAUAUAGUGAUUUGGUUUGCGAGUGAGGUGGGUGAGAUGAGGUAGGUAUAGUUCCAAACUGGGGACGUUCCCAAAGAAAAUAGGAGGAUUAGUUGUAAGCGGCGUAGACGGAAGAGCAUAUGCUUCGCUAGGCGAUAGAACUGGCAUAGGAACACGGCUGCAAAUGGGCUAUGAGAUGGCUUCAGGUGAAGUAAAAGAAACGUCUAUAAG